AAUCUAACAAGGGUUUCAGAAUUUUUCCUCCUGGGCCUCUCAGAUGAUCCAGAACUGCAGCCCCUCCUCUUUGUCCUGUUUCUGUCCAUGUACCUGGUCACCAUACUGGGGAACCUGCUCAUCAUCCUGGCUGUCACCUCUGACUCCCACCUCCACACCCCCAUGUACUUCUUCCUCUCCAUCCUGUCCUUGGUUGACAUGGGCUUCAUCUCCACCACUGUCCCCAAGAUGAUUGUGAACAUCCACACUCACAGCACAGUCAUUUCCUAUGUGAGCUGCUUAUCUCAAAUGUCCAUUUUUACUCUUUUUGGAUGUAUGGAUGGUACUCUACUAACUGUGAUGGCCUAUGACAGGUUCCUGGCCAUAUGUCAACCACUGCAAUACCCGGUCAUCAUGAACCCACACCUAUGUUGCUUCUUACUUUUGGUGUCUUUUUUCAUCAGCAUUUUGGACUCCCAGAUGCACAAUUGGAUUGUGAUACAACUUCCCUGCUUCAAGGAUGUGGAAAUUUCUAAUUUCUUCUGUGACCCUUCUCUACUCCUCAAGCUUGCCUGUUCUGACACUUCCACCAAUAACAUAGUCAUGUAUUUUGUUGGCGCCGUUUACGGUGGUACUCAGGUCUCAGGGAUCUUUUUCUCUUAUACUCGAAUUCUUUCCUCCGUUCUGAGAGUCCCUUCAUCAGGUGGGAGGUAUAAAGCCUUCUCCACCUGUAGCUCUCACCUGGCAGGUGUUUGCUUAUUUUAUGGAACAGGCCUUGGGGUGUACUUCAGCUCAGCAGUCUUACAUUCUCCCAGGAAGGAUGCAGUGGCCUCAGUGUUGUACACUGUGGUCACCCCCAUGCUGAACCCCUUCAUCUAUAGCCUGAGGAACAGAGACAUCAAAAGAGCCAUGAAGAGGUUCCUCAGCAAAAUUAUCUAA